AUGUAUUGUAGUUGUGGAGAGCUGAGUAAUGCUUGGCAAUUAUUUGAAGAAAAUCGUAGUAUAGUUGAUGUUGUUUCUUGGACUGCUUUGGUUACUGGGUAUUCAAAUUCCGGUCAUGUUGAUUUGGCACGUCAGUUUUUUGAUAAUAUGCUAUUUAGAAACUCAGUUUCAUGGAAUGCAAUGAUUUCUGGAUAUGCUCAGGGGGGUAUGAUUGAUGAAGCCCGGCAAAUGUUUGAUGAUAUGCCUGAACGAAGUGUGGCCUCAUGGAGCACAAUGAUUUCUGGUUAUUCACAAUGUGGGAUGUGCAAUGAGGCUUUGGAGCUCUUUGGAGAGAUGGUUCGACUUGGGAUCAAACCAAAUGAGCCUGCCCUUGUGAGUGCAGUAUCGGCCUGUGCACAACUUAGAGCAUUGGAACAGGGUGUGUGGUUACACGGGUAUAUAGAAGAACAAAGGUUUGAGGUUAAUGUCACCUUAGGCACAGCACUAGUGGACAUGUAUGGCAAGUGUGGAAGCAUUGAGAAUGCUCUCCAAGUUUUCAAUGAGAUGCCAGAGAAGAAUGUUCUUUCAUGGAACUCUAUGAUUGCUGGUUUAGCCUUGAAUGGAUGUGGAAAGCAAGCACUGACACUCUUCUGGCGGAUGCAGGUGGUAGGUCCUGUUCCAAAUGAUAUAACCUUCAUUAAUGUCCUUAGUGGAUGUAGCCAUUCUGGAUUGGUUGAUGAGGGCCGACGCGUUUUUCAUUUCAUGACUCAAGAAUACAAAAUCGAACCUCAACUAGAACACUAUGGUUGCAUGGUUGACCUAUUUGGAAGGGCUGGCCUCAUUAAGGAAGCUUUGGAUUUUGUGAAUGACAUGCCAGUUCAGCCACAUCCUGCCUUAUGGGGUGCCCUUGUUGGUGCUUGUAGAAUCCAUGGAAAUGUUGAGCUAGGUGAAGAACUGGGGAAACAUCUUAUUGAGUUGGAGCCACACCAUAGUGGUAGAUAUGCUCUAUUGUCUAACAUAUUUGCAGUGGCAAAAAGGUGGGAUGAUGUGGCAGUGGUUAGAAAACUGUUUAAAGAGAGAAGGGUGCUUAAGAACCCAGGGAACAGUGUAGUGGAAACAAGGUCACAAGUCGCAACAAACUAG